AUGUACAUCAAAGCUUUAUAUUUAUCAUCAUAUUUUGCUCCUAAGGCUCCAAAAUGCAAGAAAUAUCAGUUCAUUACAAACGUAACCAUCCGUCGUGUUACGGAACCGACGGAAUUGGAGCUUAUCUUGGAGCACUCGGGAAUCGACAGUACCAUGCUCAAGAGUCCCAGUGUCAAUUUGGAGCAGAUAUCACUCAACAGUAGAGCUUCCUUUCUCUCGCUGGAACUAUUCGACGAUUGGGAGUUUGAUUCGUUCGAUUCUGAAAAGGUGGUCUAUUGGAAGAACAUGGAAGCGUUGGCGUUCCUUCCAUCGACAAACCACUGGCAGCGGGUCACCGUAGCAAGCCAUGAAGUCACAACCAACUGCUGGAAGGUCGAGCGGUUCGAUCAAUCCAAAAUGACCAGAUCUAUCCAUUGGGUCCCACGGCUUUACCUUUACUUUCCGUUUGAAGAUCCGUACAAGUUCGUCAGCCGCAUUGUGGCGGUCUCAGAGGCGCGCCAGAACGCAGAGAACGCUAUCCGUUUUCGGUUUCUUUGCAGGCAUAUUUUCUCCGACGGUUCCUAUGGGCCGGGUCGAGUGCUCGAACAAAGCAUGCUGCGUCGGGCGAACGAAGAGGUGUACGCCAUAUUUCGCAACAUCUACGAAGACUAUCACGUGGCUUUGGCGGUGAGAAAACAUCUCUCCCGCGACGGUACUAUGGCGAUCAAGCCACCGAUGGUUGACAACAAGAUGCCGGAAAAAUCUGUCAUAUCCUUACCUACGGUCAACAUUGACCGUUUGCUUGAUCGGUUUACACGCACUACACUAUUUUGCACCCGGAACGUGUACAAUGCUGUGCGCCUCGUGAAUCAAGAGUGCGAAAUAGUUCGAAAGCUGCCGCUAUUCAUCGUUUCGUUCGAGAGGCCUAUUCCUUUGGAAGACUUUGAGAAGCAAAACCAAACGCAAACCACUCGAACGCUUAAGUACCUGCAAAACACCUGGAUCGAGCGUACGACAAUGCAGCUGCACCGGUUGUUGUCUCGCAUCGGAGAAGGAGACUUUAACGUGAAUGUUUCAAAUUGGGACAUUUACCUCGUCAUGAAGUUGAACCGAUUGAACGAGCAGGUGUUGUUCCGGAUGCAGGACGCUCUGCGGGAUUUGUUGCUCGAUACGACGGAAGAGUACGUCCACCGGCUGGUGAACGAUUGCCUUGCCAUACUAUCGGUAGAAGAGGACUACUCCUGGGAUGGGAAUCUUAUCGAUAGCCCGUUCGAACCGAAGCGAGCUCCUGUGUUUUAUCUCAAACUCGAGAUGGGCGAGGACGCUCCGUACUACUCGACAGAUCCUGUUACGUUUCCUGUUCUUUUGCGGUCCAUUAUGGACACCGUACUGACCGAAUGUCAUUUCAUCCACACUAUCGAACCAUCCCUGAUGCAGUCGUUGAUAUUUUCCGAGGAUCACUACCUUUCGUCCGUUGGCCUGCUUGAUGCGAUCAUUGUCGAGCGGCGUCGAUCGCUGGUGGAGUAUUAUGAAAAAUCUCUGCUACCCCUGCAAGCCUACGCCGCUCGGUAUGGUGCCUUCAAGGAACUGUUCUUUACGAAUGUGAAGGAGUUUAUUGAACACGUCAGAACGGAAGAUAAAACGUCCUCCGAACUAAAGGAGGACAUCGCGUUGCAGAUUCGCAUGCGUGAGAAUCUCGAGCACACAGUUCCACAGCACAUCGUGAUAGGUCCGUUCUGGAUCAACGUCCAGCCAUUGCGAGAGGCACUGAUCCAGAAGCGAUAUGAUCUGACGAUGGCUCUCCUGAAGCUGCUAACGGAGAAGUUGCGCCACAAGACAGCGGACGUGAUCGCAGCAUACAACGUGAUCAACGAGCGCGUCUGUCAGAAGCCGGUUUCGAUCGAGCACAUCUACGACAUCAGGGCGUACAUGGAAGACGUCCCGGAACUAGUGUCACGGCUCGAGGAUCGUAUGCGAGGCAUCCUAUACGAGUACGAGAUACUGGAAGGCUUCCUGUACAACCUGCCGGACACCGAUUUCGAGCAGAAAUGGCAAGCGCAGGCUUUCCCGCGGAUCGUGCUAAAGCAGACGGUAUCGGUGCGGGAGUUUCUCGAGUCCGAGGUUGAUCGGUUCCGGAAGCAACAGUUUGCCGACGAAGCCGCCUUUACCGCCAGCAUCGAAGACAUCAACGCGUACAUCUCCAAGUUCACCACGCUGUACGACGUGUCGAAGGUGUCGGAAAUGUCGGUCGAAGUGCGACGCCUCUGGAAGGCGCUGCAGGAGCUGAUCGACCGGGGCCACACCAUGAACCGACGCCAGGAGCUGUUCGAAAUGGCACCGAUUAGCUUGAAUAAUUUAUACGAGCUUCAGCACAACUUUGGCGCCAACCGGGAGCUCUGGACGACGGCAGCCGACUACCUGAAGCUGGAAGAGACCUGGAUUGGAAAUCCGUUGGCCAGCGUCGACCUCGGAGCCGUUCGACGAGGUCUACAGCAGACGCAUGAUACGCUGAAGGAUCUGAUGGCGCCCUUUCGCGACCAGCCACAACUGCUGGCCGUUGUCGAGCACUUUGUGCAGGUGGUGGAAGCUUUCCGGCCCAAUCUGGACGUGAUGGAGCAGCUCAAGUGCCCGUUCUUGGAGGCGAAACACUGGGGUCAACUGGCGAAGGAAACCGGCAUCAAGGGCAAGCUGUCGGCGGACGUCGGAUUCGAUGUGUUCCUGGAGCAUGGCUUCCGGGAUCACCUGGAGACGGUUCGGCGAGUUGCGGCGAAGGCCGAGCAGCAGCAUCUUGAGCAGGAAGUGCGUUUGGCCGAGGAAGAACGCAUCCGGCAAGUGGAGGCCGAAUAUAGACGCGUCAGAGCUGAGCGCCGUCAGCAGCGUACGGAGUUAUGA